AUGGAUUCCUCAGACACUCCUUCUCACAGCCAUCUUCUCCGCUCUAAAAGAACACGAAACACGUCGACCCCCGACGAAUCAGUCAAACUGCCUCUCGCGAAGAAAAGACGGUCGGCUAUUCGACGAGAUACCUUUGAACCUCUUACGGGGUCCAGUGUGAAUGAGCUUGCUGGCCAGGCUCAGUCCGGCACGGAUGUAAAAGAGCGCGGAAAUGUACCCCAACCUGCACAAUCCGCAGUGCGUCCUGACUCACAGACUCGAGACUUGACGUUGAGAGGAGCGAAAAAAACGGAGAAGCGGACUGAACGUGGUAUUGGCUUGCUUACUCUUUCAGCCAACAAUUUCUACACUGUCUCUCAACUGCCAGCACUGCCUGAACAGAUACGAAUCCGUCCAACUGUGCCUUACUCGUGUGUCAUCUUCCCAGACAACGACUAUAUCCUCGCUCUCACUCAUACCGAUGCCUUGAUCUGGUCCUACAAUGCUAGCGCCUCUACUCCCACCUCGAGGGAGCUGCUCACCUUCAAAUUACCCUUUCCUCCUGCCAUCGCCGAAGACCCUCUACCUCUUGCUUCCUUCACUGCAAGUUCUGCCAACGGCGAACCUGGUAUCGUUGUGGUUUCACCGAAAUGGGGAAAAAUUGUCUACUGGGAGUCGUUGACCAACGCCUCUUCACAUGUGCCUAAUCAAUUGUCCACUGGCGUCCAAGGUUCCAUUCCCGGUAUGUUUCGUGGCGAACUCGUUGAACAAUUGGUCCCGGCCGAGCCUGCAGGCUUCAUACUCUCGCUAGCUUCUGGAAGAGUGGCUCAAUUGACUAUAAGAGAUCAAGUGGGGAGACCUGGUAUUGGUGUUCAAUUCAUGCGCAGAUCUGCUGCACCUACCAUCCGAGGUGGCAUCUUCGGCAGUAUCAGAAGCGUUUUUGGCGCUGAUCGACGCAAAGGAACUGCAAUAGUGCGACCUGGAAGAACUGCGAGGGCUCAGCGCGAUGUCAUAGUAUGUUCUGAGGACGCCGUCAUCGAGUUCUGGACCAAUAAUCUUCUCACUGGCAACAGCUUGUCAAAAACUCUGUCUGUCAAGGACCAGCUGCUGUCAAGUCUGCAGUCGCAGAUUGAGAAGGAUGACCUGCAACAGCCUGUCCACUUCAAAGUCCUGGAUCUCGUUCUCACUCCAUCGCCAUCCCACGACUUGAUUCGGCUGAGCGACACUAACUCUUGUUCGUUGGUCAUUCUCGCUGCUCUUUCCUCUCAAGCUCGAUCAAAGUACUACCUACUUGAAGCGACUAUUGCCGACGAAACUACGCAGGUACGAGUCGUCCACCCAAUCCGAUGCUACGACCGUGACCUCGCUGAUGAGCACGCCUUUCGUCCGAGAAUAUGCAUUCCGCCUGCUUCGACCACAGCCUUUGUCAUCUUCGAAAAGGCUAUCCUCUUGUUGUCGCUGAUCAAGAUCUCCGAAUCACCAUCUUCACAACUGGUAGCCGAAAAAAGCGCGCUUCCGCUUCCAUUCCAAGACUGCAUUCCUCUCCAGGACAACACUAUCUACAGAGUGAUCAACUUUGCAGGAGAGGAGCACGAGUCUGGUCCAAGCUGUGUUCUGGCAGUUCAGGGUUUUGGCAUCGUGAGAGUUGCAUCUCAUUUACCCAAUGACGAUGAAGUAGAGCUCGAGGAUGUUGUCAGUCAACUUGGGGCAAAAGCUAGGCUCGAGCAAGCUGUUUUCUUCGGCACCCGGCAGCCAAAUCCUCUCGAUCUGAAGCGCUCCUACCGCAAAGCAUACGAACAACACGAAAUCACAAAGGCCAUCCUCGACACGAGUCGCGAGAUUGUCAUGUCAACGUCCAAGCACGUCUCCAAGUCUGCCCCUUCGAUCACUGAUCACUUACAGCAUCGCGCUCGAGUAUUGCAGGAUCUGGUAGAGUACUCUUUGAAGACGUAUCCGGACUGUCUGGGAAGAACUGAUCGCAUCAUGCUGCUAUGGAACGCUGAAAAGAUUGCUGCUGCCCAAGCCAUAUGGAAAAUACAAGAGAGAAUCCAGGCAACCUAUCCAAGAAAGGACGAGAGAAACUCUAUGACCCUUCUCAAUUUCGCCCUGUCAGCGCUUGCCGAGAAUCGCCAAAGAUAUCCAAAUCCAGAAAAGGGUGAAACAGACCACGUAAGACAUUGGCUCAUCUAUAGUGUUGGCUCAAUAAACAGACUACUCGUUGAAUUACAGGACGUUAUGCAUGAAAUGCCCGAAUACGACUACAAUGAUCCACGAAUCGUAUGUGACUACUAUCUGGAAGGUACGGAAAUCUGGACCACCGCGUUUCAGACGGCCUUUCGCUUUCGCGAAGACAAUGCUGCAGCUUAUGGUUUAGGCAAUGAGACCUACGAUCAAGGAAUACUGAAAUCUGGCUACCCUGCUAGGUUACCUCCAGCCUGGACAUCUACGCACGAGCAGGUUAUGCAUGGCCACGACUACCUAGAAGAUGUUUGCAAAUUCUUGCAGGAAUGGUGGGACUAUCCUGCUACACAACAGAAUGGAUCGGCCAAAUCGAAGUCAAAGAAGGUUAUUACCAUGCCUACGAAUGCCGCCGGUAAUCCCUAUGACGCGCCUCCAAAGUCCUUGUUGGAAAAGCUUGCUGACAGGCUGCCAGUGCAAGCCGAUCUGGUCAACAGAGUAGUGCUUGAAGAAAAUAUUCAACAGCGGAACAUGGUCAGUGCUAGUGAUGUGUCGCAGGAGCAGAAGGAUCGUCAGCUCAAGGCCUUGGCUGCAGAACAUCAAAAGGUCACCAACAGUACCCUUCAAGUCAUAGCGAACUUCAAUCGAGACGGCGCCCUGAAGUUGGCAGAAGCCAAGGGCGAUACCGACCUCCUUGUCACGUUGAAUAUUGAUCAUCUUACAGCUUUGUAUGAUACCUUGAAAGCACACCCUGAACAACAGGAGAUUGAGAAGAAGAUCGAGGCUGUACAGGAUCAUGUUGAGACUUAUUUCGAGAGGUUUGGCAACGACUGGGCAUACUCCCAUUUUAGUUCGUUGCUCAAGCACAGCAAACUUGGCACACUGAUCGCUGAAGGACAGGCUAAUGGAGGUAAAAAGCAACCAUAUUUGUCUCACUUUUUCGACACAUGCGCUCAAGAACAAAAACGUGUCGGAAAGGUUUCCUGGAUCAACAAUGUUGUCGGGGAAAGCAAGUUCGAUGCGGCCUUCCACACCCUCGAGACGGUGGCCAGUACUCAGGAAACCGACAUUUGGUCCAAGCAGGUCGAGCUAUGUCUUGCAAAACUUGCCGGUCUAGCCGCACAAGAAGCGAACGCUCCGGCCAUCAAUGACGUGAAAAUAUCCAACAUCAAUUACGAGCUGGAAUACUUGCGAAUUGUUGCCUCUCUGGCUUACCAUGUCAAUGCUGCUCUGUACGAUGCGGUUGACGAUGAAGCAGCAGUUCAGCUUGCUGUCGAACGUUUCGUGCCGAAAUCAAUAUCAUCUAGCAAGAAGGCGCAACAGACACGAAAGUACCUCUCCAAAACACUUCACAAGCUCGCCACGGAUAACCUGAUUUCUUUGUCCGAACUCGUCGAUGCAUUGACCCUCCUCAAACUAGGUCCACUUGAAGUAGAGGAGGUCGACGCAGAUGUCGAUGACAUCACCGACCAAGAAUUUCCCUACGCACUGCAAGCGAUUGACCUUGCUCCUUUUCAAGAAGCCAGUCUGCAGCAGAAAGAGGUACUGAGAAAGUCUGUCUGGCGUCGCCUGCUCGUUAGAGACAGCUGGAUGAACGUCAACGAUACUGCUGGAAAAUCAGACAAGGAGGUCAAGGAGAUUAUGCAGCGGACUAUUUUGUUCAGAACACUACUUGACCUAUACCGACGUGCGAUGACGGACGAUAUUGAAGUACGGAUUCCUUCCCUUGACGAGAUAUUGGAAGCGUCUGCAUACCGGGAUGAAUCAGAACAGGCAAGCGCGUUAGAAGACGUCAAAUUACUGAAGAGGUUCGUCGAGAAGGCGCGACUCAAAGAGCACUUCGCCGCAUUCGUGAAGGAAGCCAAGGAUGAGGAUGUUUCGUCGUCAGUCACCACUAGAUACGCAACCUACAAGCAGGGACAAGGAGCGCUUGUUAGUUCUUUGGCAGAGGUUUACACCUAUCCGCAAGAACGAAUUAUGGACAGCAUAGAGGGGGAUGAGAGUUCCGUCCAGACAUCUGGAGCUGAGGCUGCUGAGGACGUUGAAGACGCGUGGGAGACAACUGCCAUCAGUGUUCAAGAUCAGCGCGUACGGAGUCGACAGGUCAGCGUCGAGGUUUCUCUUACAACAGUUGACUCAAGAGCCAUAUUUGAUGGCGGCUUGUUGGACGAGCCACAAGCCAUUGUUGGAAGCACGUAA